AUGGUUGUGGGGAAGACUGUUUCUUGUCGGUUUAGUAGUCUUGAGUGUGAUUGUUUUUCAUACGAGAAUGGAAUUCGUGUGGAUUGUUCACAACGGAAUCUUACUGCAAUACCAGUUAUGAAUGACAGCAUCACUUGGUUAGACCUCAGUAAAAACAAGAUCAGGACUAUCGAGUCAAAGAGUAUAAAAACUUCAGAAAAGAUUAUAUCUCUCGACCUAUCUGAUAAUAACUUUACGACUGUUGAUGGAAAUCCGUUCGAACAUUUAGCAAUACUUCGGUUUUUGAACCUAGAGGGAAAUCAGUUAAAAUAUUCAAAUUUCGAUAAACUUUUUAAAGGACUGUCGGCGUUAGAAGUACUGAAUAUAAAAGGAAAUAAUGGCAAUCCAUAUAACAAAGACUUUCCUGGAGAUGUUUUUGCAAAUCUAUGUUUUCUGUCAAUGAUAAAAAUGAAUGGGAUAGCAAGAACCAACCUUACAGAAUUAUAUGCAGCCAGUAACCGAUUAGAAAUCAUAGAACCAGGAGUCCUACCCAAUCUUCCAAAAACUCUAGAGAUAUUCUCGUUGGCCGAAAACAAAUUAACGUCUGGGCUCUAUAUACUAUAUUUUGAUUCGCUGGAAAACUUGCGAGUAUACAACUCUAGCUUUCAGAAGCAUCCACCAAGGGCGUCCUUUGAUGGUAUUGUGGAAUGA